UGCCCCCUGCCACUCUUACCUGCUCUACUCCUGCCACCAUCACCAGGAUUAUUGAACUGAGGAUUUCCAUGUCAGUACUUGCCUCCUGUUUGAAAGUUACAGAAUGACCAUCUCGAACUGGCUCUGUAGCCCUGGGAUCUGGGCGCUGGCCCUUCUUCUUAGACCUGUUGCAGCCUUCCAGCUGUCAUGUGACCUCCUUAGGGAUCUACAAAUUCAAGAAGACCUCUGCACUGAGGCUCUAGCAGCUGAAAAUGCCUCAACAAAUCACUGGGCAGAAGGAGGAUGUGCCGGGAUAUGGGAUAGGAUUAGCUGCUGGCCUUCCUCUGCCUUUGGAGAAACCGUUACCAUCCCCUGCCCCAAAUUCCUGCAGGGCCUCACAGAUCAGCAAGGGUCCUUAUACAGAAACUGCACGAAGGAUGGCUGGUCAAUGAGAUUCCCUUCAGUUGACGUGGCGUGUGGAUAUGAUGCCAAUAUAACAGAACCAGACAAUGUGGUCUAUUUCAUGCACCUGAAGACUCUGUACACCACUGGUUAUGGGACCUCUCUGGCUUCCCUUGUCCUUGCCUUGGCUCUCCUGGCAUCAUUCAGACGACUGCGUUGCACUCGCAACUACAUCCACAUGCACCUGUUUGCAUCCUUCAUCUUGCGUGCAAUGUCCAUCUUCAUCAAGGAUGAAGUUCUUUACUCCACGGAGGACAUUGACCACUGCAACGCCUACUCAACUGACUGCAGCUACGUUAUAAUUUUUUUCCAGUACUGCAUCAUGGCCAACUACAGCUGGCUUCUGGUGGAAGGACUGUAUCUCCAUACCCUGCUGGUAAUCUCCUUCUUCUCAGAGUGGAAGUACUUCUGCUGGUACAUCGCCUUGGGUUGGGGUUCUCCAUUGGCUUUCAUUAUUGCCUGGACUGUGUGCCGCCAUCUUUAUGAGAACAUUGGGUGCUGGGACAUUAAUUCCAAUGCCAGUAUCUGGUGGAUUAUCCGAGGCCCAGUCAUUCUGUCCAUCUUUAUUAACUUUAUCCUUUUCGUGAGGAUCAUCCGCAUUCUGAUGAAGAAGUUGAAGACGAUGGAUGUGGUUUCAAGGAAUGAUUUGGGGCAGUACAAAAGGCUGGCAAGAUCCACUCUGCUGCUCAUCCCACUCUUUGGGAUCCAUUAUAUGGUCUUUGCCUUCUUCCCAGAAGAUGUGAGCAGUGACACGAUUAAGAUCCGCCUGUCAUUUGAGUUAACACUGGGAUCCUUCCAGGGUUUUUUGGUAGCUGUGCUCUAUUGUUUCCUCAAUAGAGAGGUACAAAGUGAGAUCCACAGGAAGUGGUGCAGAUGCCAUUUUAGGGAAUAUUUCCUGUUAAGGCAGCAGAAUAACUCAAUGGUGAGCAGUGCGCCCACCAUCCUUACACAGGUUAUGCCAGACAGCCAGAGCAGCAAUGAGAAGCAGAGGAAGAAGUCAGCCGAGAAAUCCAGUGCCAUCUAGAUUGGAGGCUCUUCGGUCCCAUCAACAAUAAAGCAUAAAUAUAAUUUAUCAAACAUUUACCAGAAACCCAGAAGCAUCUAGA